ACAUGUCCGAUGUCAACAAGACGGUGCAGAAGUGGCUCUGCAGCUUCAAGAAGGCCACGGACUUUGACUCAUGGGGACAGCUGGUGGAGGCGAUAGAUGAGUAUCACAUUCUGGCGAGGCAGCUGCAGAAAGAGGUCCAGUCGACAGGUCCUUCCGACUUCACCGAGGAUCAGAAGAAAACGUUAGGAAAGAUUUCAACAUGCUUGGAAAUGAGAAGUGCCAGUUUGCAGUGCACACAGUCCAAAGAUGACUUCACGUUAGAAGACCUGAAGAAACUGGAGACCAUCAUUAAAAAUCUACUGACGUACAACAAAGAAUUUCCCUUUGAUGUCCAGCCGGUGCCCUUAAAGAAAAUCCUGGCUCCAGGUGAAGAGGAGAACCUGGAGCUGGAGGAGGAGGAGGAUGCUGCGGCAGGAGCAGGGUCGACGGAGGCGUUCCCCCCCCGAGCCCCUGCUUCGCAAGGUACCUUGUUGCCACGGUUACCUUCAGAACCGGGGAUGUCGCUUCUAACAAUAACGAUUGAGAAAAUCGGCCUGAAGGACGCCGGGCAGUGCAUCGAUCCGUACAUGAUCAUUAGUGUUAAAGAUUCAAAUGGUUUAGACCUGAACCCAGUGCAGGACACACCCGUGGCCACCAGGAAGGAAGACACCUACAUUCAUUUCGGUGUGGACGUAGAGAUCCAGAGACACGUGGAGAAAUUAGCAAAAGGAGCUGCUAUCUUCUUUGAAUUCAAGCACUACAAACCCAAAAAGCGAUUUACCAGCACAAAGUGUUUUGGCUUCAUGGAACUGGACGAGAUCAAACCGGGACCCAUCGUAAUUGAAUUGUACAAGAAACCCACCGACUUCAAGAGGAAGAAACUGCAGCUUCUGACAAAGAAACCACUUUAUCUCCAUCUUCUCCAGACGUUACACAAGGACAGCUGAGACGCCGUGCGGCCUCCGACUCUGCAACUUUAAUCGCCAUUCAUACCUCAUCACGUCCAGCAAUACUAAAUCCAGGCCGCUGUCACUUCUUUCCCACCUCGGAGUAUUUCGAAGAAAGCAAAGGGAACUGAGCCAAACAUUCGUCACAUCAGGUCGAGACUGACACAUUAGUUAUUCAUUUUUAUAUUUUUUUUUUUACACAGCAGUGGUAUGUUUUAACAAUAAGACCACCUCAUGUCUAGUCUUCCUUCGCUCUGAUUUUUUGGGAAAUGAGACAACGGAAAAACCACUGCAGGUGCUUAGUUUGAUACUGAACAGACUCGUUGGACAUUGAACCUCGGACUGACGUCAAAUUCAGCAAAACAUUAAAAGCAACAAUUUUUUCACUCAAAUCAAAACCUAUUGGGGAAGCAGAGACAGAGUUUGAGUCAUUUGCUGAAUAAAUAAUACGGAAUGACA